AUAUUAAUAUGUCUUAUGCUUUAUUUAUCUUCUUGCAGCUCUAAGCUGCCCAAACAUGAGGAAGCUGCAGCUUGUGUGAGAAAACCCGAGAUUGCAGUGGGAAAAGCUGCAGUUGUCAGUAGUCAACAUGAACUACAUCACACCCUGAAGGAGAGUAAAAAUAGUGGUUCGGCAUUGUGGCCAGGCUUGUCUUCAGCAGCAUCCAAUGGUGAUGGCACUCAGAGACCUUCCUUGAAGUUAUCCACCCCUAAGAUUCCUGCUUGGUUGGGUAUGACAGCUUCUGCAACCCAACCUGGUUCAUUGGAUAAUGGUGUUUUAACUGUAAAGGAUUCUAGAGCUCUAGUUGCUAGAAAGAAGAAGUCAUGGAAGAGAUGUUCAGCUCAUGUUUACAUAUGCCGUCUCAUUAAGGUCUUGGAAAUUGCUGAGAAAACAGACAGGUUGCCUAUGCAGCCUACUCAGUUGAUACUGAAUGAAGGACCAAACGGAGUUCUUUCAACACCCAACAGCCUAAACGGGGUGAGAACUGGCCUAAAUGGAGCCGUUUCUGCAUACAACACGGUUGGUUCUCCUGCUGAGAAGAAUCCAGAUGAAGUUAGGAAUGUUAAUCUUUUCCACACGAGGCUUCUUCAAGAUCAGCAACAGGCUUCCACAUUGUUGCCUCUUAACUCUCCACAAAAGCAGUGUUAUGAUUUCUUGUCCUUGUCAGCUGGAGGUGGUGGUGGUCGUGGUUGUAGUGGGGUGGGAGCUACUAAUCGUAUUGAUCAAAUCGGAGGGGGAUUGGAUCCAUUGACACAAUUUCACAGUCCUUACAUGCAAUCACUCGAGCAAAAUCACACAAUCAUGCAGUUCUCUCUCCCCCAAAAUCGGUUUUCCUCCACUCCUUUCAGUGACCAUCUAUCAUUAGCUGCAUCAAAGCAGGUCCAAAUGCAACCGCCUCCAUACCUGGGAAGCUCAAUUUUGGGCCCUCCUUAUUUGGGCAACGCUGCAUCGCCAAAACAACAGCAGCAACAACGGAUGUGGACAGCUCAGUUGGCAGCGCAAUACAAGCCUGUGGGACUUGCCGCAUCCCACACUCCCAGCUGGCAAAACGGAAAACAAGACCCUUCUCUUGCAAUCCACUAUGUCCAAUCCAUUCCCCCACAUCCUUCGCAUCAUUCGCUAGAAGUACUUGGCCCUAGGUAUGCCCCAAUCUCACAACAACAGCUUAUUGGUGUCACUUCAUCGUUGCCCUCUUCCAGAUAUAAAGGGCAAUACCAAGUGAAUGGAGUUGGUUCCUAUCCUGAUACUGCUCUGCCACUGCAAUUGCUCUGCAAUGAACACUUCUAAAUGAGAGAUGGCCAGAUGGGUCAUCGUUGGUUUGUUUUCUCAUGUGCAUACACUUUAGACUAGAAAGAGCAAAACUCGAUUGAAGAGGCAAAUAAAAAACCUUAUGUUUUGUAGCGUGUUUCGACAUCUACAGAGAGGCAUAAAGAGUAGAAGAUGCAUAAUUUAGUGUUCCAGAGUAGUCUUUUGUAAUCUGACAUGCUCAGUGCGAAAGAAAAGUGUUUUCUUGGUUCUAAAAUGAUGACAUGAUGGAUAUAUAUAUACACACCAUUGAUAUUUGCUUCAA